AUGCUACGAACAGGAGAAAUGGACGUUGCUACGCAAACCGAGGGGAUAGGAAUGAAACAUUUUCUACAACAGACGGGGGAAGAUGCAGGAAAAUGGAUUGAGGAAGACGAUGAUGUGGUAAUCAUUAAGGAAAUAAACCCUACUCAGGGAAAAACACUCAACAAAACACGCAUAAUCAAUCCAUUAGAAAAGAAAAGGGCAAAGAACCAAUCAUCCCAAACGGCUAGAAUGGGGAAAGAUAAGGCAAUACAAACGGAUUGGGUGCUCCGUAAAAUUGAAGUAGGGGAUUCACGAAGAUCGAGCCGAGAGGCUGUUCUCCUUCUUCUCUCACGUCACCAUUUUUUUUCCAUGAUUCAAGAACACUUUACUAUCCCUGAAAUAGUCUCUCCAAUGAAAGAGGACCAAAUUGAAGAGGAAUGGAAGAAUUGGAAAGUGGGGGAAUUUCUGUGGGAAUUCAAAAAAAAGGACGAAAAAGAAAACCAAAUAAGUCAGCAAACAAAUAAUCCGAAGAAAAGGAAAACAACGAUGGAGAAUGACAAAAUUGAUGUGGUGGAUGUUGAGGAGGAAAGUACAGGGGGAGAUAAUGAAAAUCAACAAGCAAACAACGAAAUGAGGAGCGACGAGGAUGACAGGAUGAAUCGAAAAAGAAUAAAGAAAGAAGACCUGGAGACAUUAGAUGAGGGUAAAUGUUUGAACGAUGAAAUUAUCAACUCAUACUUGGAUUUGAUUUGCAAAAGGGAAACCUUCGGCCAACGAGUUUAUGGAAUGAACUCAUUCUUUUUCCCGCGAUUGUAUGUGAACGGGUAUCCGGCAAUUAAAAGAUGGACGAAAAAAGUGAAUCUUUUUGAAUUCGAAAAAGUGAUGGUUCCCAUUCACCUGGGUCAUCACUGGUGUCUUGCAGUCAUCGAUUUAAAGAAAAAAACGAUAAGUUACUACGAUAGCUUGGGAGGAGAGAAUCCGCAGUAUUUGGAGAAAUUAUUCCAAUACUUAAUCUUGGAGGCCGGUGAGAAGGGAAAGAUUAGGCCAAGACGAGAGGAAUGGACGCUCACGACAAGGAAAAGCAUCCCGAGACAGCUAAAUGGACAGGACUGCGGGGUUUUUGCGUGUAUGUUUGCAAGAUAUGAAGCAGAGAACAAAGACUUCGAUUUUUGUCAGAUGGACAUGCCCAUAAUACGUCGGAAGAUUAAAAGGGAACUAGAGACCGGAAGUCUCGAAAUAUGA